UAAAGGCAGCUAAGUCUCGAGCUCGGCAAGAGGACCCAGAGCAGCUGCGUCUGAAACAGAAGGCAAAAGAGAUGCAGCAGCAGGAGCUUGCUCAGAUGAGACAGAGGGAGGCCAACCUGACUGCUUUGGCAGCCAUCGGUCCCAGGAAGAAGAGGAAGAUUCUGGACUCUCCGUCUUCCUCUGCUGCAGCUGAGGGAUCAGGAACAGGUCCCUCUCUGUCUGGUGGGGCUGCUGGGUCUGGCUCCAGACCUACACGGCAGCGCAUCACACGUGUCAAUCUCAGGGACCUGCUCUUCUGUUUGGAGAACGAGAGAUUUACCAGUCACUCCCAUUUCCUCUACAAAGGCUUCCUCAAAUAGGCUUGACGUCGGAGGGGAGAGGAGGGAAAUGUGUGUGGAGAGACCAACCACUCCCACCGCAGAGAAAGCAUAAGAGACUUUUAUAAAUUAAGAGGAGAGCAGCGUACGCGCACAUUUCAAGGUUUUUCAGAGAUACCAGAUAACCUGAAGUACAGUAGUAGCCACAUUGGAUGGCCUUUCUACCUCUCUCCUCAAAUAAUGCCUACUUUGCUUCCGAGCAUUACUGAGCUGAUGCUACUAUUUACCCCGUACAAUGUUUCAAUCAAGUGCAAAAAUGGAUUAUAUGUGUUUUGCACUGUCACACAGUACAGUCUAUUUUCAGAUUAUUUGUAUGUGCAUUAGACUUUAAUGCAAUUGAAAUUAUAACAUUUGUUUUAUUAGACCACAGACUAAUUUUACUGAUUUAUCUGAAUGAGUUUAAACUCCAAACUGUGUAACCUGCUGAGUUGCCUUCCUAACAAUGAGUAAGCCAUAUAGCCAUCCCGAAGCAAUUAACCCUGUUGUAACUCAUGAAGCAGUAGUGCGCUCUUUAUGUUUUAGCAUAUUUAUUUACUAAACUUAAGCUUGAAUGAAUGUUUAGUUAUUUAUUUGAUUUCAUGUGACACCUCAGUUGUUUCACGUAGCUUACAUUCAAAACACAAUGCAUUUAACUGCAUAGGAUAUGUUUUAAAAUCAGUUUAGACAUUUUGUUGGGUUAGUAGAUUUCCGUGCGUGAAGGCUUAUUUUUUUGUUUUUAAAUCAUUUAAAUUGUUGUUUUUAAAAUGAGUUUGACAUGUUUUGGUUUCUAAAACUUGAAUAGGUUUCAGAAGACUUUUAACCCAGAUUGCUAUACCAAACAUACAUCUACCUGAAAGUGAUUUCUAUUUUUCUAGCUGCCCACCAACACACAUUUUUACUUUCUUACAAUAGUGACUGACCGUGUCCUCAGACUCAAGUGGAGUUUCUUCCUGUAUAUUUGUAAAUGUUACACCUAGUUUUACACAUGGUUUUGUAUAGAAUUUACCCAAACAGCAUAAAGAAAAACACAUUUUCUCUAUUGAAAAGUUUGAAUAAAUAAUGGUUUUACAGUAA